AUGCAGUUGGUAUUCACUCCAUCCACGAAGCAGCGGUUCAGAGGUGCUUGGUCAUGUGAACACGAGCAGAAUGAAGCAGAGACUAGGGAUUAUCGAACCUUAGUUUUACGUUAUCUCGACAACAAUGACAAGAACAAGAACAACAACAACAACGGCGAUAACACUAUUAAUAAGAACAAACGACAGCAUGAAACACGUCACAAACAGACAACAUACAUCAAAAUAUCAUUCUAA